CCAUGUUCAUUCUCCUCCACCUUCUCCUAAUCGUCAAUUCGGCUCUCUCCGAUGCCUCCAAUGAGGGCACUUGUGCUGCCCCGUCCUCAGACCAGACUCACACCGACUCUCCGUCUGGUCCUCAUCUUAUCGGAAAGUAUCCUUCGCAGUGUUCGAGCCCUGGAGAUCCGCUCAACGGGAAGUACUGUUGGUUCAUCAUCAACGACACUAAUCAAAUCACUGGCAGUGCUUCUAUUGGUUCCAACUUUUCGUCCACUGAUAGUUUUGCUCAAUUGCAGCUCGCAGUCCACCUGAGGGAUAAAACCCCUGUUGAUGUCGGUGUUCAGGUAGAGGGCAACUCUUCCAUGCUCUUCGAUUUGCCCUUGGGAAUCAAGAUUGAAACUCAUUUUUCGAUUCCAAAAUACCAAGACACCGGUGGUGAGGAUGGUGUUGGCGGUAAAAAGAUCACUUUCCCUACACAACUACGCACACGUGUAAAAGUUCCUUGGAAGAAAAAAAAGGUUGAAGGGCAUGCUGUUGACCGUGGCAUCGCUUUCGUGAACACGACUGGUGGAACUUAUCACUACCUGGUCACAGAGCCCAGGGUGACUGUUAAGACCAAAUCUGUCAAUUCGAGCAUCUCGUAUCAUCUUGCCAUCGCUACGAAUGACCUCUCUAAACGUUGGACUUAUGAUGCCUAUGUUGAUUACAAGAUUGAGGGAAAUUCGAAAGGUCUUCGUCUCAAGUCCUCGGACAGAAUUUGGAUAUUCCAAGGGGGGAUUGACAUCGAGUAA